CACUGAUUGGCAGCACUGAUAGGUGGCACUGAUUGGCAUUGAUAGAUGGCACUGACUGCACUGAUGGGUGAUAUUGAAAGGCAGCUCAGAUGGGCACUGAUAUGUGGCAUUGAUGUGCACUGGUAUGCACUGAUAUGUGGCAUUGAAGUGGCACUGAUGGGCACUGGCACGUGGCACUGAUGAGCACUGACAGGUUGGCACUUCUGGGGCCACACUGAUCAUCAGGGCACACUGAUCAUCAGUGCCCUGAUGAUCACUGUCAGCGUGACAGCUCGAGAGGAGAGAAAUGACGAUAACCGU